AUGUCGUUUAUUAACGUUUCAAAAACUCAACUCGCAACCAUCAAACAGAUGGAAAAUCUCCUAAAAAUGUCAAGCACUGACGACCUUGCCGGCUCGCUCAUUGUGGAGGCCGCACCAAAAUUCUUCAGCACCAUUGACCAAGUGAUGAAGAAAUUGAACCGAAACGCCCUGGCCAGAGUGGAAAACCGUGGCCAUGUGGCCGAGUUGAAAGAACUCAAGAAAGAAGUUCAAGACGCGGUUGAUGCGGCGAACCUGACCGUCGGUUCUGCUCCCGUUCCUUCGCCCGUUCCUGUGGAUGUUUCCCCUCUCUCUUCCUCCGCGCCCAGUUCUGUGACUCCCACUUCUGUCCCUUUGUGUGCGCCCGGUUCUGUGGCUACCUCUGCGUCUCCCUUCUCUGUGCCCGUUUCCGUGGCUUUUUCUGUGCCUUUCUGUGCCCCUCUUCCUCCCACGCCCGUUCCUGUGGCUUUCUCUCCCUCCUCCGCUCCCGCCCAGUUCGUGUCCCCUUCUGUGGCUUUCUCUGCUUCGUCCUCUGCUUCUGCUCCUGCUCCUGCUCCUGCUCCCGCCCAGUUCGUGUCCUCUUCUGCGGCUUUCUCUGCUCCUACUCCUGCUCCUGCUCAGUUUGUGCCCUUUUUCGUGUCUUCUCCUUUGGCAGUGCCCAGUUCCUUGCCCGCAUUUGUUCCUGCCUCUGUGCCUGUUUCUGUUCCGGUCGCCCAGGCCUUCAUGGGCAAAGAAAACCAGCAAGGCCAACAAGGCCAACAAGAACAAGAACAAGACUGGAUCGACGAUCCAAUGGACCUGGAUGAUCCGUCCGAAUUGGUCGACUGGAUGGACGUGGAUCAUCCCACUGAACUGAUCGACUGGAUGGACGUGGACCGUUAG